CAAUUCUAGAUAUAGCUAUUUUACAUAUUUUAUUUUAAAGCAACAAAAGGAGUAAAAAUCCAAAGAGCAACAGUUGAUUAUUACAUAUACAAACAUCAUGAAUGUGUACGUUUCUUUCAUUUUGCUGGCAAUUGUCAAUGCGCAAGAUUCUUCUUUGAGUUUAAGUUCUGUUGGAUCAACUGUUAUUAUGAGUGCACCAGUUUCAACAACAAGCACUCCAGUUGCUGCCUCCAGUUCGCCGAUCAUUUCCACUAGUUCACUAGUUGCUACCACCAGUAUGCCAUUUAUUUUCACGAGUGCACCUGUUGCUACCACCAGUAUGCCAGCUAUUUUCACGAGUGCACCAGUUGCCACCACAAGUAUGCCAGAUAUUUUCACGAGUGCACCAGUUGCCACCACAAGUAUGCCAGAUAUUUUUACGAGUGCACCAGUUGCCACCACAAGUAUGCCAGUUAUUUUCACGAGUGCAUCAGUUGCCACCACCGGUAUGCCGGUUAUUACCACGAGUGCACCAGUUGCUACCACCAGAAUGCCAGUUAUUACAACGAGUGAACCAGUUGCUACCACCGGUAUGCCAGUUAUUACCACGAGUGCGCCAGUUGCUACCACCAGAAUGCCAGUUAUUACAACGAGUGAACCAGUUGCUACCACCGGUAUGCCAGUUAUUACCACGAGUGCGCCAGUUGCUACCACCAGAAUGCCAGUUAUUACAACGAGUGAACCAGUUGCUACCACUAGCAGUCUAACGGUAGCCUCUAGUUCGCCUAUUAUAUCUACCAGUGCACCGGCUGAGUCGACUAGUGCGUCGAUUGCUCCUUCUAGUACGACGGUUGUUACUGCAAGUACUGCGCCGGGAAGUGGAGGAGAUAGCGGAGCCAGUGCUUUGAUGUUAAGCAACUACGUGUUUGUCCUGACUGUAAUCGGCAUGUGUGUGAUGCUGUUAGUAGACCUCUGACUGGCCAGUUGUUGUUAUUUAUUGGCGCUUAUGUGAUAUGCCUAUGAUCUGUAUAGGGAGGCAAAUUCAAUGCAUUAGUUUGUGAUGUUAUAUUAUACAUUAUCUUUUUUCAUAUACUGUAUUUAUUCAUGAUAACUAUGUUAUGAUUGAUUCAUGUUUUGAAAUUUAGACAACUUUGUAAAAAGAUGGGUGGAUUAGGCGUGUAAAAUGCCUAGGCUAUAAAAGGACGGAUAAAAUAAUGUAAAAUUGAAAUAACAAAUCUGAUCAUUUUUGAUAAAUCAUUCAAAACAAUGUAAAUUUAACACAACAUCGAUUUUUAGCUCUUAAAGACGUUAAAUAUUUGGAAUAUGAUGAUUUAAACUGCCAUAUGCGUAUCUAAACAGUGUAUUUUUUUAAUGUCUUUUCUUUCAUAAAGUAGGUAUGUGCUCCAUAUUUUUUGUCAUUGUCUAAAUAAGGUCUAAUGGAAAACAAUCAACAAAUACUUGGAAAAAUGACUCACCAUAUAUUUAAAAUAUAAUUUUGUAUCUCAACAAUUGAACAUUUUAGAAAAACGAUAAAAAGUCCGUAAAUUUUAACCAAAAUCGCAUAUAGCAUUUAAACAACACUCUAUGUUGUAACUGAAAUGGCUCAGUGGUUAGAGACGUUAAGUAAUCUUAAACGACUAUAAAGCUUCGAUACCACCAAUUUUUAUUUUUAUUUUUCUUAUCUUUUUUUUUCAAAUAUCAAAAAAUGAAUAAAUUUGGAAAUUGUAUAUUACGACCAAACCAAAUGGGCCAAGGCAUUUGCGCUAUCUAAUUCACCAAUCUUCUUAUUCGUGUUUAUGAAAUAUGUUGCCACAAAAAGACGUUUGGUAUAUAAAAACCCUGAUUUGGUAAAGGGAAAUUCCA